AUGAUAUACAACGUUAUCGAUAAGUGUGAGGUAACGGAGGUCACGACCUGCGACGGCACGCCGCGGCGUCGAUCCCGCUCCGCAAGGAUUUUCAAGUGUUGCGGCUCAGCAACACCGCAACUGGGGUCACCCUACUUAAAGGAAAUAGUUGAGAGUAUCGAGGUGCGCGUGAGUAGAUCAGAGCGGAAGUGGCGACCGUUCCCACGGACAUUCAUCCGUUACUUCACCUCGUCUCCCCUUUCCCCGCUUCCUCAGCCCCCUCAGAAUGUUCACGUUCUUCUCACCAUUGCUGGAAAGUCCUCCGACAUUCCGACCGGCUCAGUUCCAUUAGCCGAAUUACUGCUGGAUAUACUGGUGCCAACAAUUAACCUACAAGCCAUUACCACCGAGGGUAUAUCAUCGAAAAAACCAGUCAAAUCGAAGCUACUACACGAUUUAAAAAUUACAUGGUUUCCUGAACAAUUACGUUUUGAAAUCAAUGAAACAGCGAUUACUAAUAAAUUAUGGGUAUGGAACAAUUGUUCACGCUCUAUCUAUAUCCGGUGCUGUGGUUUACUGGAUGAUACAGCGCGCUAUGGAGCUAAAUGGCUUUGCUCACCUCGCACAAGAUUUCUGUUAGCGCCAGGUCUUGUGGCGAAGAUAUCCAUACGCGCUACUCCACGACGCAACUUAACUCCUACGACUGAUGCAUUCGUAGGACUUCAAAUAGCUGUAGGCCAUAAACGGGACAAUGUCAUAAAAUAUUUUGUGGUGCCCGAGAGAGUAAAAUUUCGUAAUUAUAUCCCUCAAUUUAUAGAUGAAGAUGAGUAAAGGUUCGUGAUAAAAGUAUAAGUAAUAUAUAAAACAAUUUGUUAUUUUUUUGCCAGCAAACUGUUUUGUUUUCUGUUGUAUAUAUAUUUAUA